AUCAACAACAGGCUUGAAGUUGAACAACUACGCAUACGCCAAUUUUGUCUGUGCUUGACAAACCUAACUUCGCGGCUCGAGUGAAAAUGUUGUCUUCUUUGCAGCACUCGAAUCUUCAGACUGAUUCUGUUGGGUUAGAUGUGCGUUCCAGUGCUGUUUUGAAUACUGAUUUUAAUAGUAGCAGCAGUUAUGAUGCCGAUAUGCUCAGUAAGCGCCUGAACACAUUUAGAAACUACAGAGGUAACAAAACUGCGCUGCAGUUGGCCAUGGCAGGUUUUGUGUACACGGGCUCGGCCGAUAAGGUUAUGUGUAAUUCGUGCGGGGUUCGGCUGUAUAACUGGAUCGGGGAAGAAGACCCGUUGGAGGAACAUCGAAAAUAUUCAUCGGACUGUAGUUUCAUCAAGGCCAAAUUUCCCACCAGUUCAACAGAAUCGGGAUGUUAUGUAAAAUCCGAUUCCGUUUCUUCUAACUCUAGCAUAGUGCCCAAGUUCAAAGAAUACGCCAGUUAUGAAGAGAGACUGAAAAGUUUCGCUGGGUGGCCGUUGAAGCUGCCGUCCCAGAAACCGAGCGUCUUGGCCCAGUCUGGGUUUUUCUACAUCGGUUCGGCCGAUCGCGCCAGAUGCUUCCACUGCGGUCUGACCUUGAGGGACUGGGAUGAUGACGACUUCCCACCUGCCGUACACAGAGAAUGGUCGGCAGAUUGUGAAAUUGCCAAAAAUCUGGAUGUUGAAAAAAUAAGGAGGGACGUAGAAGACGAGGGUUUCGUAUCGAUCUCGGGCACCUUCAAGAAAGAACCCGAAAUGCCUGUCAAUAUGGCUGACGCUACUACUGUAACUUAUGCUCAGCCAGCCGAUCGCGUGGUGAGCCAGGCUACUCAGGAGGAUAAUUCCAGCAGUAACUAUGGAUACAACCCGACUAUUCAGGCAGUUUUGGAAAUGGGCUAUUCAAUUGACGUUAUUAAUAAGGCGAUCGAAAAAAGAAAGAACGAACUAGGGUCUCAAUUCCCAAAUGCGGUGGCUCUGUUUGAAGCUGUGUUGGAUCAGGAAGGUUGAUACGCUCCAGCUGGACUACGUGUUUGGUUUUGAUCUCAAAUACAGUGUGACUCCACUUCCUACGAGUGCCAAGCAGUGCAUGCACCGAGCCCGUGUGCACCCAUGUCAUCAUGGAAAGUUGCAGGAUGAUGUGAAAUGAUGAAGAUCAAGAUAGCGAUGUGAAAUGAUGAAGAUCAAGAUAGCGAUGUGAGAUGAUGAUAAUGGAGAUAGUGUCAUGGAGAGUAGUUCUUGCUUGUGGGCAUAGCAUUCUAGUUUGGAAAAAAAAGUUAAUAACAUUUUUAAUUGGUUUUCAGUUUGGUGUUAUAAAAGAAAUAUAUGGGGGGUUAAUGUUCGAAAAUAAGUUUAGUUUCGAAAGACUUAAAUUUAUAUGCAUUGGUUUUUAUGCAUUAAUAAUAAAUAAUCAUAUAUAAUAAUCCACCGAUAGUAAAUUUAGUAUCCAAUAUUGAUAAUAAUUUUAAUAUACUUUUUUAAAGUUCAGACCAUUAAAUGUUUUUGGAUUAAUUAAGUCAUUUACUGUUCAAGUAUAUUUUUGUGCAAUUGAAUCUAUAGCCAUGGCUAUGAGAUAAUGAUUAAUUAUCUGUGAUAAUUUAACCAAUUUGUGUUCAUGUAUACCUUUACUUCGGUUUUCCAUUCACUGGAAGAAAUUUGAUUAAUCACAAUUUCUUUAAAUUACCUGUUAUAAUCUAAUAAUGACAUUUUAAAAAGUAUAUCCAAUAAUAAAUAUGUGUAACUGAAUUAGAAGUUCAUGUGUUAAAUCGGUUAACAUUUGUUUAGUUUAAUGAUGACACCAUUAGAGCACAUUGAUUAAUUAAACUUCGGCUAUUGGAUAUAAAACAUUUGAUAAAACAAAUUUGCACUUUAGUCUUAGAGGAAACCUGCUACAUUUUUGC